AUGUUUACAUUGCAGCCCCCACCUAGUUAUCGGCGCAAAGGGGACAAUAUGGUUAGCAAAUUGCAGCGGUCUCUAUAUGGUCUUAAACAUGUCUCCCGCAAUUGGUUCUCUAAGCUAUCUACUGCCCUGAUUAGUUUCGAUUUUACCCAAUCCGAGGCUGAUCAUUCCUUAUUUUUUCUACAUCGGGCACCCGCGUCAGUUUUUGUACUCGUUUAUGUGGAUGACAUCAUCAUUAUCGGGUUUGAUGCCACCUUACUUCAGGACGUCAAGGACCGCAUCUGCACCCAGUUUCAUACAAAGGACAUUGGGGUUCUCAAAUAUUUCCUUGGCAUAGAAGUUGCCCGUUCUCAGCACGGUCUCUAUCUCUGCCAGAGGAAAUAUACAUUGGAUAUUUUGGAUGAUUGUGGUCUCAUUGGAUGUCGGCCUGCUGAUUUUCCAAUGGAGCAGAAUUUAAAAAUUUCAGAUGCAUCGGGGCCCAUUCUCAAUGACCCAGCUCCUUAUCGACGGUUGGUUGGUCGCUUAAUAUAUCUCACAAUCACAAGGCCGGAUAUUGUACAUACUAUCAAUAUUUUAAGCCAAUUCAUGCAUCAACCCCGUCAGCCGCACCUUGACGCUGCACACCGGUUACUUAGAUAUUUGAAGGGUACUCCAGGUCAAGGUCUCCUCAUCCCUGCCAAGAAUGCUCUUGAACGUAGUGCUUACUGCGACUCAGACUGGGCUAGUUGCCCGAUGACUCAUCGUUCCACAACUGGCUAUUGCAUCUUUCUUGGCUCUGUUCCCAUAUCUUGGAAGACAAAGAAACAGGUCACUCUAUCUUGUUCUUCCGCGGAGGCCGAAUACCGCGCCAUGGCUGUUACUACUUGCGAACUCACCUGGCUCACGUAUCUCUUACGUGAUCUAGGUCUACCUCCUCCGGUGCGCAUUCCCCUCUAUUGCGGCAAUCAAGCAACCCUUCAUAUUGCUGCUAACCCUGUUUACCACGAACGCACCAAACACAUUGAGCUCGAUUGCCAUGUCGUGCGUGAGAAAUUACAACAGGAUCUCAUAUGCACCCUCAAGAUUUCGUCAUUAGACCAGCUUGCCGACCUGUUCACCAAGUCUCUCGGGCGUCCUCAAUUUUUACAUUUACGGUCCAAGCUGGGCAUUCGUGACCGUCAUGCUCCACCUUGA